AUGUCUAAGUUCUCGUUGAAGGGCAGGGUUGCUCUGGUCACCGGAGGAGCUAGAGGCUGCGGAUUUGCCUUCGCUCAAGGCCUGGCUGAAGCAGGCGCAGAUGUGGCCAUCUUCGACGUGAUCCCUCCUUCACCGGCUCUGGCCCAGCUCACAGUCGACCACGGCGUUCGAACCAACGCAUACACCGUCGACGUCACAUCCAUCGCAAGCCUCAAGUCUGGUUUCGAGGCAUUCAAGGCGGACUUUGGAGGAAAGUUUGACAUUGUCGUUGCGUGCGCGGGCGUUAACAAAAAUGUCGAGCUCCUGGAUACCACCGAGGAAGACUUUGACAGGUUAUUCGGCGUCAACUGCAAAGGGGUCUACUUCACUGCUCAGAUGGCGGCCAAACAGAUGAUCGAAAAUGUCACGAAGUGCGGCAGUAUCAUUCUUGUCGCCAGCAUGGCUUCCUACAUCGCCAUCCGCUCCCAGCGCUCGAGUGCGUACUGCGGGACCAAGGGUGCGGUGAAGGCAAUGGUGGCGCCAAUGGCUGCGGAGAUGAAUAAGUAUGGGAUCCGGGUAAACUCAGUGAGCCCUGGAUGA